CUCGCUUCUUAUCAGGGCACACGGAAUUGUUAUACUUCGCACUGAGAAUACAUGACCUGAUCUGUAGUAUAUCAAAAGAUGUCCCCAUCGACUAUGUGUCACCGGCAGCAUAAAGUGAUCUGUCCCGAAGGUUUUGUCAGUGUUCAAGGCGGGACUUCUUGCCUGUAUUUCUCCUCCGUCGCCCCUUCCCUUGGCUUCGCUGGCGCUGCCCUGAGCUGCGGAAGGAAGAACGCAUCAUUAGCAAUAAUCAGGAGUGCGGCCGACCUCAGCGCUGCUCGUGAGGAUACCUUCUACUACACUGCUCAUAAUUUCAGAGGUGAUCCUUCACACAUGCCAUCAGUACCCACUGUGGCUGACGAUCUAAACUGCUCCGCUGAUUGUCAGGUUAUAUCUGGGAGAGAGUGUGUGGCAGUAGCGGGCGAUGGAACGUAUCGAGUCCAGAGCUGUACAGACUGGAACACCUACUUCAUCUGCAUGUUUCCAGCCUUCUGUCCCGACGGUUACACGGAGUAUCUCGGGCACUGUUACAAGGUCAUCCCAGCUGGAUCAACAGUAACGACAUCCUUGCAACUCUGUGCUAAAGAAGGAUCUGACCUUGCUUAUCCAGAGAAUAUGCACACACUUCACUUCUUAGCUGACCUCGUGAGGACUUACGCUGGCGAGAGUAGCAGCGAGAUUCUCCGAGGCUACUUGGGGGUAAACAGAAUACUCGGGUGGAGCGAUGACAAUAUCUUCCAGCUGGAGGCCGACAUUCUCGAGUCUCUGGACGCCUCCAGCUUCUACUUCGCCAGCGUGAUGGUCGAGCCCUCGCAGAACGCCAGCUUCAACCUCAGCGCCGUCGGCCACAAGAUCCCUGAAGGAAGCUACGCCGUCUGCAAACUUCACGGCAUUCUGGACUGUUGGCGCGACCCUCACCCGGCCACAGCCAACAUGUCUCGCACUUGGGACCAGAGCAACGAACUGAAUGCUUGGGCCAACUAUACAUGCCAUGAGGGAUUCCACGUCAGCGCCAACGCGAAUCGAGUGACGCAACACCUGCCGUGUCGAGGCCAGCUCGGGUCGUGGGGGCUCGCUCCCUGGGACUGCGCUCCUGACGCAAUACUCUCACCUAGCCUGGAGAACACCUGA